CGAUCGAUAGCCAAAGCUAAACACCGCCGCCUCUGAUAAGACGAGCUAAAGUUGUGGGUGUGGCCAUUAAACUAUUUCCAUAAGCAAUGGACGACAACCCUAAAGUGCCAGCCCCAUGGUGUGGACGGGACUACAAGCCCCGCACUUUUGAUAAGCACACGCCGGUCGUGUGCUACGACAAGCCCAGUGCAUCCAUUGUAUCCCAAAAGGAAUACGAAGACAAACGCUUUCUGGCCCUCACCGGCGAUGUGGUGGAAACAUUGGUGGUGCCCAAGCGGGAGGCUCGCACCUGGACCAUGCAGGCUGGCGAUCUGUGCCGCAUCACUGUGCACGAGGGCGCGCAGGUGGGCGAUCUGAAUUUCUGGAAUCUGGAGAACACACAGGAGCGUUUCUACUCUGGCAAGACGCGACAGCUGCACGCCUCCCACUUGAAGGUGUAUGAUCGCCUGUGGAGUUGCCUGCCGCACCUGCGCCCCAUGGCCACAUUUGUGUUCGACUCGCUGGCCGGCUAUGGCAUCGACGAGGACGGCGCCUCUCUGCAUGAUGUAAUCGGAACACGCUGCGACGAUUACACCUACAAGCUGAUAACUGGACAAGAUCGCGUCGGCAGCUGCCACAGUUCGCUGGUUAAGGCAGUGGUGGAGGAGCGCGGCCUGAGCGAGCAGGAUGUACAUGACGUAUGGAACAUAUUCAUGUGCACUGGCUUCACCAGGGACACGCAGCAGUACUUCUGCAAGCCGAGUCCCGCCCGAAAAGGAGAUUUCAUCGAGUUUGUGGCGGACAUGAAUCUGUUGGUGGCGCUGAGUGCCUGCCCCCAGGGUGAUGUCUCCAUACCGGUGGGUGCCGAGGUACCCGAUGGCAAGUGUCACCCUCUGAAGGUAGAGGUGUUCCGUAAAAAGUAGUUGGAAAAGUUUCAGCCACUAGUGUAGGCAAAAUAUUUAAUUUACCUCGUAACAUUCGAUGAAGUAAUACGAAAAAUUAAAAUAAAAGUUCAGACGGAUUGGAACAAUCAGCACAAGGAAA